UGUCGCAGGAGGAAGAGAGAGAGCGAAAGAUUUUUGAAACAUUUCACAAAAAAUCCACCAACUUAACUUUUUUUUAAAACAAAGUACUGAACCAACUUCAAAUACUUUAAACGUUGUUUUUUUUUAAUUUUCAGAUUAAAAAAAAAACACAGCUGGGUGGAGAAACUUUAUUCACCCCUUGGUGUAGAUUUUUUAAUCCACUCACGAGGUGGACUUUUAGAAUAAUUUGUUGGAUUUUGGACUGGUUUGAAAAGAAGGAAUAAACUUUUUGCUCCAACUUUGAGAAAGUUUGUCGGCCGGGACGAGGGCGCCCUUAACUGGAAAAGCAAUUUCGCGCAGAGAAGUGGUCGGGGGAGUUUGUUUUUAUAUAUGUGUGUGAGCUCUCUUUUAUUUGCGCUUCGAAGUGGGAGAACGUUGUUUUCUUGUAUACAUUUUUGGUGUUCUACUCGCCCCUUCCCCACACGCUCUCCCCUCCCCGUGUCGUGGCUCUGUGUGCGUGUGUUUAUCUGAAUCCCAUCGGCAAGGAUGGUAGACAGAGGACCUCUCUUGACUUCGGCUAUCAUCUUCUAUCUAUCCAUCGGAGCUGCUAUCUUCCAAGUUUUAGAAGAGCCGAACUGGACCGAAGCAGCAAAAGAGUACAAGAUGAAAAAAUUUCAGAUCCUUGAGGAACAUCCUUGUCUUACACAAGCAGCCCUGGAGAAGAUCUUAGCGACUGUGGAAGAGGCUGCCGGGCAUGGUGUCACCAUCACUGGGAACAAGACCUUCAACAACUGGAAUUGGCCCAACGCCGUCAUCUUUGCCGCCACCGUCAUCACCACAAUCGGGUAUGGAAAUGUUUCACCCAAGACGUCUCCGGGCCGUCUCUUCUGCAUCUUCUACGGGCUGUUCGGUGCACCCCUCUGCCUCUCCUGGAUCAGCGCCCUGGGGAAAUUUUUCGGAGGGCGGGCCAAGAAGCUCGGCGAAGCCUUAACCAGGAAAGGAUUGAGUCCGCGCAAGGCUCAGAUAACGUGCACAGCCAUCUUCAUAGUCUGGGGCGUGUUGGUGCAUCUGGUCGUUCCGCCCUUUGUAUUCAAAGUGACCGAGGGCUGGUCGUACAUUGAAGGACUCUACUACUCGUUCAUUACCAUCUCCACCAUUGGAUUUGGUGACUUUGUGGCUGGUGUCGACCCUAACGCAGACUACCACAUCCUCUACAGGUACUUUGUCGAGCUGUGGAUAUACCUGGGCUUGGCAUGGCUCUCGCUCUUCUUCAACUGGAAGGUCAGCAUGUUUGUGCAAGCCCACAAAGCCAUCAAGAAGAGGCGGAAGAGGAUGAGGGGGUCGUCGGAGAACGUGGAGAGCCCCGGGGCCCUGAACUCCAAGCUGGCCACCCAGGGCAAGGUGGCAGAGUCGACGGAGGUCAACAUCUUCCGCUUCCUCUCCAAGAAGCAGGAGAGCUACAACGACCUGAUCAAGCAGAUCGGCUCCAAGACGCUGAAGGGCAGCAACAGCAACAGCAACAGCAGCAGCAGCAACGACCUGCUGAGGGGGGCGGAGGUCCCAGCCAAGGCGGCGGCAGGGGCGGCCAAGGACCUGGAGGGCGGGCUGAGCGGCAGGGAGUUCAGGAGAACCGGCCUGAAGAGGUCCCGCUACGAGCCGUCCAAACUGUCCGGCCUCCAGGUGACGGAGAUCGCCGCCCCCCUGAACAAUGAGAAAGACCCCCACAGCCGGCCGCAGCGGGAGAACCAGCUGGACAAGGCCGCCCGAGAAGACCGGGCGGCGUGGGACAUGCACGCCCACCCGCCCUUGUUCUUCGAGAACGCCAACAUACGGUUCAUUGAUGAGCAGAACCUUCUCAGCGACGAGGAGAAGGCCGACCUCUCUGUGGACCUCUCGGUGGACGAGAACAUGAUGGAGGAGGGAGAGUCGGACGUGCUCGUGGAAUCUCCGGACGAGAACAAUUCGGAGUACCACACCUUCAAGUUCGGAGCUCCACCGGACUACGAACAGUUGAUGAACGGGUACAAUAAGGUGCACAACAUCAAGGUGGUGAUAUAACCAAGGGCUCCUGGAGAUUUGUUCUCCAAACCCUCUCUCCUCCGGGUCCCCAUGGUCCAAUCUGCUAGGUGACCUUGAGGACAGACUGCAAAAGCUGCUAAUGACAGUGAGAGUACUUCUGAGGCACAAGCACAAACUUACUUCAACUUCCUCGAGGGGAGAGAGUUUUUUUUAAUUAACCCCUCUUCUAAUUGUGAGGAUUGGAGAGCAGAAUUUCCAGAACAAACAAAGACUGAGAUGGAACAUCACAAACUAAAAUGUUUCCAAAUGUAAAGAUACUGUGUAAACCUUUCUUGAUGAAAACUGUGAGUUUUAUUUUUCUUCCAGAUGACCAAUUUUGUUUUAAAGUAAAUAUUUCUGAAGAUUUUUAAAAAAAUUUUAGCCAGGAACUGUAGAUCUUAAAACAAGGACAUUGAUUUUUAGUUCCAUGUUUUUUUUUGAGGUUUUAUUGAGCUUUCCUCUGACUUAGCUUUGGCAGUAUAAGAAACAUUUUAAUGAAGAAUUCCCACACACUUGAUAUUUUGUUUUAAACUUGGGAACUUUGGGCUGGGGUUGUGUGGGUUUCGACAACGGAACCCAUUUUACUUUGCUGAUGACUUGUUAUUUUUACCGCCCGCGGAACUAGACCUGAGCUCAAUCUGUGUGUGGCGAUGAAAAGCUGCCUGCCUGCUCCUGAGAUCUUGCAGGUUACAAGCUCACCCUUCUCUUUGUGACCCUGUGUACGUUUAAACAUUUGGACCUAAUGAGAAGUUUGGAUCUUGCUUAGAUUCGGUACUUUCCUUUUUGCCUCUGUUGUGUAGUUUAGCGAUAAUUUGGAGGUGAUUUUGUUUUUAAUGUGUACGGGCGCGGUGCGUUUUUACACGUGGUUUUACGUUCUCGAAAAGAAGCGCCCAAUUCCAAAAGGCAUAAAUGAAACAUACACGUGACGAGGAUGUCAGGUGUAAACCUGAGCGCGCUGUUCCAAAGGCGUAAAUCAGGCUUUGGUGGUGAAUGAACGAGCUAUUCUAAAAA